GUGGAGGGGGGGGGCGGGAGGGGUCGAUCAUGGGGAACGAAGCGAGCCUGGAAGGAGGCGAAGGGCCUCUGUCCGGGCUACCGGAGGGGCUGGCACCUGACGGGAAGGGCGGCUUCGUCCGGGUCCCCGAAGGGACUCCGGUGGACCUGGGUGAACUCAGCGAGGAGCAGCGGAGGCAGCUCGCCGCGGCGAUGUCAAGGGCGCAAGGCAGGCAGCCCGGAGGCUCAGCAGCUGCACGAAGAACAUCAGUGUCUGAUACCCAUGAGCGUACCCAGCUGGUAGGGGCCUCCAGAGGCCCUCCAGGUCUCAGUAAAAGUCGAACUGUAGACGCCUUCAACCAGGGCCCGCCGGGCAAGCCCUCACCGGGCCGCAGCCCCUCGUCCCUCAGCCUUUUUGAAUCCAGAUUCCGGCAGGAGCCUAAAAACCCAGAGACCAAGUCAUCAGGCAUGUUCGGAUCCAGCUUCCUCAGCGGGGCCAACCCUCUCAGUGCUGUGUCGUCUAUGACCUCCUCUGUCUCCUCUUCCAUAUCCUCUAUGGGCGAUACUGUCAACAUCCCCAAGUUUGGACUAUUCGGGGAUGAGGAGGAUGGAGAUUCUUCUACAUCAUCUGAAUCCAAGCAAGGAGUAAAACCACCAGGCAAGGGCCCUCAGCAAGGGCCAGGCCCUAAGGGACCACAACAGGGAGGACCUCUGAAACAGGGUCAGGGCCCUCCUGGACAAGGGCAAAAGCCAGGUCAAGUACCCCCUGGGCAGGGACCAAGGCAAGGUCAGGGACCUCCAGGCCAGGGUCCUCCAGGUCAAGGACAACCUGGGCAAGGACCCAGACAAGGUCAGGUACCACCAGGCAAGGGGCCCAAUGCGGGUCCGAGUCCUCCUGGCCAAGCACCCAAACAAAGUCAGGGACCCCCAGGUCAGGGGCCCAAUGCAGGUCAGGGUCUUCCUGGACAAGGACCCAGACCAGGUCAGGGGCCCCCAAGCCAGGGGCCCAAUGCAGGUCAGGGUCCUCCUGGACAAGGACCCAGGCCAGGUCAGGGAUCCCCAGGCCAGGGGCCCAAUGCAGGUCAGGGUCCGUCUGGUCCAGCAUCCUCUGGGCAAGGACCUAGACAAGGUCAGGGACAACCGGGUCAGGGUCCCAAAGCAGGUCAAGGUCCUCCUGGCCAAGGCCCCCGGCAAAGUCAAGGAUCAUCAGGCCAGGGUCCCAACACAAGCCAGGUUCCUCCGGGGCAAGGAUCCCCUGGGCAAGCCCCCAGGCAAGGUCAGGGUCAACCCGGCCAAGGCCCCAAACCGGUUGGCCCUCCCCAGCAAAAAGGUGCAUCUCCUCAACAAGGACCGGGGAAGCCUGGGCCACCAGGCCCUGGAGCUCAUCCUGGAGAAUCAGCAAGGAGCGUAGGUUCUUCUGGUCAGCCGGGGCCUGGAAAGCCCGCAGGUGGACUCUGUCCACUGUGUAAAACCACCCAGCUGAACAUCGGGUCUAAGGACACACCUAAUUACAGUAACUGCACAGAGUGUAAGAACCAGGUCUGCAGCCUCUGUGGUUUCAGCCCCCCAGACUCAGCGGGAAAAGAGUGGUUAUGUCUUAACUGCCAGAUGCAGCGAGCGAUGGGCGGUAUGGAUCCCCCCGGCAUGACGAAACUCAAACAAGGCUCGGCCCCGCCCUCGCCCCAGAGACAGGCCCCGGGCAAGCCUGGCAAGCUGCUGAUAAAGCAGCAGAGCACAACCGACCACGGGUUAACGCCACCAACCACACCGAGGCAGAAAUCCCCGGGUCCUACUUCUCCCGGACCACUGUCCCCCGGUUCCUCAUUGGGGGGAUCCCCCAAGAUUGACCCCAAGACAGGCAGACCCAUCCAGCCGAAGUCCAGUCCACAGCAGUCUCCAGCUAAAGCCAAACAGGAGUCCAGCUUUUUUGGGGGCUUGGGAAGUAUCAGUCUGGGAGGCUUAACCGACGCCAAACCUCCGGCGUCUUCCUCACAAGCUUCCGAGUCCGUCACAGGGAAACUGUUUGGUGGGUUUGGCGGCUUGAUGGAAUCGGCAAAGCCUCAAGCGCAGGCCGCGCCGAAGCAAGAAGAGUCGGUGGCCGGGAAGUUGUUUGGAGGUUUUGGAGGAUUGAAAGAAACAACUAAAACCCCCGCUGCCGCUUCUCAGAUGUUCAGCUUCGGGUCGUCGCUCCUGAGUUCAGCGAGCAACCUCGUCUCUGGGGAGGAGGAAAAGGCAGCGGCUCCGCCACCGGGCUCCGAACCGGGUUCGCCUCUGGAUUCUGGCCCCGGCUCACCGCCCGACUCUCCAUUCUCUCCUCUCGGGUCUCCUCCCGAUUCGGAUUCUGCGCCCGACACCCCACCUGCUAAGUCCAAGAAACCCCAGAGAACCCUUUCCGUGGAGCAGGAAGAGAAGGAGCCAGUAGCCAAACCUGCACCUGCACCAGCACCUGCACCAACACCAAAAGAAAGCUGCCCCCUGUGCAACGUGGAGCUGAACACUGGAUCAGUAGACACGCCCAACUACAGCUUCUGCACCAACUGCAAGAAGACAGUUUGCAAUCUUUGUGGAUUUAAUCCAACUCCACAUUUAGGAGAGAAAGAAUGGCUUUGCCUCAACUGCCAGACUCAAAGAGCCAUGACGGGCCAGCUUGGAGACAUGCCACCUCCGGCCAUGGCUCCCCCACAGAAGCAACCACCUUCUCCUGCUCCUUCUUCCACCCCUGCCGCUGUAGAUAGCAAACCUGUAGUAGAAGCAUCAGACCUAACCCCACCAGCUCCCGAUACCAAGGUGAAAAUGGCAGAGACCAUGAAAGAGCCUGGAGAGAAAGAAAUAUCUGCCAAGGACAACGGUCCCACCAGCCCAUCUGACCUAGCCAAGCUGGAAAGCACAGUCUUGCCCAUUCUUGAGGCCAAGACACAACCGAAGGAAGAUGAGGAGUCACUAACAGACACCCUAAAGACCAGACGUAAAUUACAAGUGCUUCCUCUCUCACCUGACUCACCCAGCUCAGAAGAUGACCGGGGACUUUCUGAGAAGAACGCCAAAGGUACCACUAAGAAAAAGCUUCUUGUGCCUAUGGAUGUCAGGGCAGAUUCUUUCGAUGAUAGCAGUGAAAGCUUUGGGAAAGAAAGCCCGAUAUCUGGUGAUGAUGAGGAAUUUAUCCGAAAACAGAUUAUGGAAAUGAGUGAAAAUGAGGAUGCUUCUCCGUCAGAUGAGGAAAACCUCAUCAGACGCAAGAUAAGGGAGAAUGAGAAGAAAACAAUGGAACAGAAGACGACUGAGGGUGUAGAGAGGAGUACAUCAGGAAAAGCCAGGCGACUAACCAAAAAAUGCACCAUUAGUCCCGAUGACGAAGAGGAUAAACAACUACGUGGCUCAUCCGAUAAACCUGAUAUAAACAAAGAGGAGGAACAAGAACUCAAGGAAGGGAGUGGUACCGGAGUCCGCAAGUUCCGAAUAAUGGAGCUGAACUCAACCAGCAGCCCUCUGCAUAUACCUAACGAUGAUAAAGAGCCGGAGAUGGAAAGCCUUACAGACUCUCCAGAUGAUCGGUCUAGAGGUGAGGGAUCAUCCAGUCUACAUGCAUCCAGCUUCACCCCUGGGACAUCCCCGACAUCCCUCUCAUCACUGGAUGAAGACAGUGACAGUAGUAGUCCCAGCCAUAUCCAUUCUGGUGAGGGUAAACAACACAGGAAAGCCAAACACAGACAACCUGGUCAAACGCUGCCAACUAUUGAAGACUCUUCUGAAGAGGAAGAGUUACGUGAAGAAGAAGAGCUGCUCAGGGAGCAAGAAAAACAGAAGGGUUCGGGGAAAAAGUCCAAGAAAGACAAAGAAGAGAUUCGAGGCCAGAGGAGACGAGAGCGUCCAAAGACACCCCCGAGCAAUCUUUCGCCCAUCGAAGACGCCUCACCAACCGAGGAACUCAGGCAAGAAGCUGAGAUGGAGGAAAUCAGGCGAUCAUCCUGCUCUGAUUUCUCCCCCAGUGUUGAAUCAGAUUCUGAAGGAUUUGAAAUCCAUCCUGCAAAGAUUGCGGCAGUUCAGAAAACCUAUCAUCUUCCUAUUUCAGUAUCUCUACACUCCCCAACAGAUGCUCAAAAUCCCGAUCAACCACAGAAAAAAGCUCUCAAAACGGCUGAUGAGGCUUAUGAGGAAAUAAUGCUGAGGGCCAAGUCUCCAACACUUGACAAAGGCAAUAUUGAACCAGGAAAAGUGUCCCUUUACGGGGGCAUGCUUAUUGAAGACUAUGCCUAUGCAUCUCUUAUUGACAAUUCAACAGCUGAUACGGGUGGACCGGAAAAGAUUAAUGUUCCCGCUCAGCCCAAAACACUGAGAUCACCAGAUGAAGUUUAUGAAGAUAUGAUAAAGAAGAGGAAGGAAUUCAUCCAGCUUGAGGAGGAAUAUCAAAAGAUGCAGCCACAAAAGGAAAGCCCAAACCCAGAAAUUGUGUUGCAACCUGCUGAGGACACUUUCUCCAAAAGCACCACAGUCACAUUAGGCAAGGAUGGGAAGCCAUUGUUGGAUGCCGAAACUGCCUAUGAAGAGCUAAUUAAAAGAACUCUGACUCCUGGAACAAGUCCAACUCUGCAGGAGACAGAAGUGGAAGCCACUGCAUCUAAAAGAGCUCUCAAUCCCAUUCCAGACUUAAGGGUUACACAGUGUUCUUCAGGAGAGUUGUCCUCUGAUGACGAAAGUAUAAUUAAAAAAGAGGAGAAUAUAACUACAGUAUCAAACACGCCAGAGGCUUUGGAAUCUGAGCCUGUCACAGUGUUUGCAGAGUCCCCGCCAUCAUCCACAUCAUAUCAACAACCUCACACCACAAUCACAGAAUCAGAGCUUGAAAUUAUUGACUUAUCGAGUGCACUCCCAAGAACAUCAGUCCCGGUAAUUGUUAGUGUUUCACCCUUGCCCACAGUCCCCCAGUACACACCCAGUGUUCCUAGCGUAGUGUCAACUACUCCACCUUUACCUCCUAAGCCUUGCAUCCUGCUUAGGGCUAAUUCUCAGGAAAAAGCAGAAGUACCUGUUGCACCACCACUGCCUCCUCCGACCCCUCCAAAACCUACUGUUUUUCCCAGGAAAGCUCCUGUCCCACUUCCACCUCAGGCUUCAGCAACACAAAUCAGGCCAGAGGUGGUGGCUAUGACUGCAGUACAAGGGUCACCCACAAGACAAGCAGUUACACCAAUGUACAAGCCUCAAGUUCCCCCUCCUGUUGCCCCAAAGCCAUCCAUACAUGCAGGGAUUGGGGAUAGCUACCGGCCAGGACAUUGUGUCAAACCACCAAUUGCACCAAAGCCUGGCUCACAGCCUUCUUCACCUGCCCAUGUCCCACAUUCACCAAGACCCACUGUUCUUCCCACUGGUCCUAAUGACGUAGCUUUGAAUCUGAGUCCUUCCUCUGAGAGCAAGCUGUUUCAACCCUCCCCAAAGUCUCCCUCUUCUCCAAGAUACACCAGGAAUCUCCGUGACACAUAUGUAGUCAUCACAUUGCCAUCUCAGCCCAGCUCUCCAGUAGACAGUCUCUUAACUCAAGCACCCUCUAGCCCCGGCCCAGCAUCUUCUUCAUGCCACGCUCAGCCCCAAAGCUAUCACCAACCACAAUCUCAACUUCACUCUUAUCCCCAGCAUCAUCCACAAUCAACCCCCCCUCAAACAACCAGAGUGCCUCUGGCAUACACACGAGUCACAGAAUCUAUUGAAAAUCAAGAGUUUUGUGGCCCGGAGAAGCAUGUAUCUAGUUCUUGUCAUAUAAUUGAGGCUAUAUCUGCCUCUGCACAGCCACCUGUGGUUAUGCCUAAUCUGAUCUCUCAAGUGGUCACCACAGAAGUCCAAAGGACCACUGUCUCUGUUGUUCAUGAAAGGACAUCACCACCGGUGCCAGCUCCAAGGGCAAAUGGUGUCCCAAUCUCAAUGGAGAAACCUAAGCCCCAAUUGCCAGCACAGAUCGGACAGGCCGUCCAACCUUCUGAGGUGGUAGAUCUUAGGACUAUGAAGGUGGACCAACAAUCAGACAUGAAUGGUGUGGAUCUGUCUGCUGGCCCAGACUCAAGACGUCAGUCCUUUGCAGCUGACAUGAGUCGUCAGAACAGUGCCGUGCAGUCACCUGUGGUCAAUCUCAGUGCUGAAUCAUCCACUGUUUCUAUAGUGACUGAUAGUAUCACCAUUGUGACCUGUGCUGCCACAAUUGAACAAUGUGACAAUGUUGACAUUGCACAAGUAUCUUCAGUUCCCCUUCAGUUAACAAAAAAUAAAGCUUUUGAACCUGUUUCUCAAAUCAUAUAUCGGCCAAUUGAUUCUCAGCCAUCUAGUCCGUCUGGUAUCGAAACCCCUAUUAACCUCUCUAUCGGAUCCAUCACAGGCGGAGGUACUUUCCAGACCAAUCCUGUCACUAUUGCACCUACUUGUAUUGCAGGUUAUGUUGCCAAUGGAUUAACUACGGGCUCAACCACUGUGGCAGGAGCCGUUGACCUUAGCACAACAAAACCAUUCAACACUCUGGUAUCAGUGGAUGCUGCUUCUGCAGAGGCGGUCACAGCUGUACUCACAGAUGACGAUGGCAAACCAGUGGAUCUGACUGCAGGAAAAAGAGCUGUUUGCUGUGAUGUUGUGUACAAUCUCCCAUUUGCAGGAAGCUGCACUACUCAGCAAACCACUACACCCCUGCCUGAAGAUCGUUUUGGAUAUCGCGAUGACCAUUACCAAUAUGACCGAUCCUCUUACGGCAUGAGAGGGUUUGGUGGAAUCAAACCGUCAAUGUCAGACACAAACCUAGCAGAGGCCGGCCUGUUCUUUUACAAGAGUAAGAACAGCUAUGAUUUCAGUGGUACCACAGAGGGUGCAGUAGAUCUUACCUCAGCAAAGAUUUCUGAUGCAGGUGAAGCUGUUGACUACUCCAAGAAAGGAAGUUAUGCAGGAAUGACAAUCCCACCCUAUUCCCAAGCCAGAGUCACAAGCGCUGUUGGAACACUGUUUGGUACAAGCAGUGUCUUGAGGUCAUCCAAUGGGGUGGUCUAUUCCUCUGUUGCAGCACCAAUCCCAUCCACGUAUGCCAUUACCACCCAACCUGGGUCCAUCUUUAGUACAACAUACAACACACUUUCAGGUAUGCAUACGAGCGAUACAAUGCCUUCCCUUUCUGACAUCCAGAAUUUGCCACUUACAAGAUCCCAUAGUUUUCUCUCCACCAUCAACUCUACUGCAACAGUGGAACAAGAAGACGUCCCACUCAAUCUGGAAAUCUCUAGAAGGGGUAGCACUGUUGUCACAGCCUCUUUGUCCCUUGACUACACUGAUGCAUCCCUGGAUGCCAUAGCUGCUUCACUGGAAGCCCUUUCUUCACCCAUGGUUCCUGGGGAUGGCCAGUAUCAGGCAGAGCGUGAGAGACUAGAGAUGGAGAAACUGAAGCAACAGCGCUUGGCUGAGGAAUUAGAGUGGGAGCGCCAAGAGAUUCAACGGUUCCGAGAGCACGAACAACUCUUGGUCCAGAAGGAACUGGAGGAGUUGCAGGCGAUGAAGCAACACAUCCUGAACCAACAAGAAGAGGAAAGACAGGCUCACCUUAUGAUGCAGAAAGAAACAUAUGCCCAGCAACAGCAGCAGCUUGAGCAGAUUCAGAGACUCCAAGAGCAGCUGCGCAUGCAACUGGAAGAGCAAAAACUUCGUCAGAUGUACCCAGGUGGGGACCUACCAGGGCAUGGUGUGCAGGAGGCAGUUGUCCUAGGACCUGAUGGCACAGUACUAUCCCGGAAGAUAACAGAUAGUGGGUGCCAGACAGAUGAAGAGGAUGAGGCAGUGAGCAAAGCUUAUACAGCAGGGAGGAAAAAGAAAAGUACUAAAAAGAGUGUUGACAGUUGUGUGCAGACUGAUGAUGAAGAUCAAGAUGAAUGGGAGGCCCAGACGAGAAACCGACAAAGCCGGCCACGCACUGCUCGGGGUGACAGGGGUGGGCAUUCAGAGAUGUCUCUUAAAGCCCACACUGAGAUUUCUAUACAAACAGAUACAGAAGGCAACAUUCGAGUGGACUCCAGGAUGGAGCUGUCUGACUCUGAAAGGACCUCGCCAAAGAAACGACCCACCCCCUUAGAAAUAGGCCAAUCCCCUAACCGUAAAGUUGAUUCCUCUACGCUUCAAGCCCCUCCUAAAUCUCUCAACGUGCUUUAUUCCCCCAUAUCACCCUGUAUAUCACCAAGCAAAUCCCUUGAGUUUGUGUCCUAUGAGAAAUCAUUGGGUGAUACGAGCCCACAAAAGCUAAGAGGAAGUACCGAUCCACUGAAAGCCUCUCCAGUAAGUCCCAGGGCACCAAAAGCCAUACAGAGAUCGAUGUCUGACCCUAAGCCCAUGAGUCCAACAGGAGAAGAAAGAGCAACAUGUGGCACCCAGUAUGGUGAUACAGGGAAAGGCUCAGGUGGCACACCAACAGGCACUCAAAAGAAGGUGAAGAGGACCCUCCCCAAUCCACCUUCAGAGGAUGAGUCAACAACGAGUGGUCAGACAGCACACAACACUGGUUCGGCCCGUCGGAGAAUGUGCCGCAAUUCUAACAUGGCACGUGCUAAGAUCCUGCAAGACAUUGAUCGUGAGUUAGAUCUUGUUGAGCGUGAGUCUUCCAAGCUGCGCAAAAAACAAGCAGAGCUUGAUGAGGAGGAGAAGGAGAUCGACGCCAAGCUUAGGUACUUGGAGAUGGGAAUUAAUCGUAGAAAAGAUGUGCUACUGAUGGAGAGAGAGAAGAGAGAAAGGGCAUAUUUACAGAGUGUUGCCGAGGACAGAGACUACAUGUCAGACAGUGAGGUUAGUAACAUCCGAGAGACAAGGGGUGGGCUUGGAAGUGGUGAAGAUGAGGAGAUUGAAGGUCACAGUCUUGAACGUCCCAGAACAGCUCCACAGUCAGAACUGGAUGACUUUGUCCCUCCUCAAACCAAGUAUGAGUAUGGGAAAUACAGCCAGCAACAAUACUAUCAAAGCCAAUACCAGCAGUCUCUCUACCAGACUCCCCAGUCCUACCAAUCCCAUUCUCUCUACUCUUCUGUCCCCUCGCUCACUAGCUCCCAGCAGCAAAGUUACCACCAGAUGCUCCUGUUGCAGCAGAAAGCUGCCAGACAAGCAGCUCUCCUCUCAGAGCUGGAUGCAACUAAAUAUGAUGUCAUUAGCCGGCAGCCUGAUCCCACAUCGUCAGCUUACCUGGGAGUCAAAUAUGACAAAUAUGGCAACCACCUUGACCUCAGAGCCUUAGAAGUUGGAAGUAUGCCACGUAGCCCUAUGACAGCUGUCUCUGAUUCUUAUUACACAGAUGUAGAUCCCCAUACACCUCGCAGUUACAUGUUGUUGGAGGAUGCUGCAGAACUGGCUAAGGGCUCCACAGGUCUAUCCUCGUCUUACAGUCUGGCUGAGAGGGAGCUGGCCAAAGCAGAAAAGCUUCUGCGUAGGAGUGCUGCAGAUCUGUGUUCUGCUGAGUAUCUUGGAUCCACGUCUAGACUCCAUACUUUUGGAAAGACCCCCGAUGAAGAGGAUACAAUGGAGGAACCCUAUGAACUGAAACUCUUGAAGCAGCAGCUUAAGCAAGAGUUCAGGAGAAGUACUGCUGGGACAGAAAACAUAGAACAAUUGACAGGCCUCUCCCAGCACUACUAUACCCCAAGCUCGAGCGUCUCUAGUUACUCCCAAAGACAAUAUCCAAAGACAGAUAAGUACAGUAUCAGUCGACUUACUCUCGAGAAGCAGGCGGCUAAACAACUCCCGGCAUCAAUGUUGUACCAAAAACACAAGGCACCGUUGAUUGAUCCUAAGAUCUCUUCCAAGUAUUCCUCUGUUACAGAUAACAGGGGUUUGGAGACAGACUAUACCAGCUAUCUUGGGUCAACCAGUGCAUCUGCAAGAACCAGCAGGCUCUCGCAAGAUGAAAUUACCUUUGGCCUUCGUAAGAAUAUUGCAGAGCAACAAAAAUACCUGGGGUCCACCUUGGGUGCUAACUUGGCUGGGUCUCUAAAUUUGGGCCAGAGCCUGGGUUUGGAUUCCGCUUAUCCCAGUGGUAGUCGCUCAAGACCCUCGUCAAGGCCCACAUCUUGCUAUGGCCUGGACUUGUCUAUUAAAAGAGACCCCUCCAGCUCUUCGCUGAGACUUAAAGGGGACGGUGAAACAUCUGGAGAAAUAUCAAGCUAUCAAACUCCCUCUGGUCGCACCAAACCUACAAGCCUUCCCAUUGUGCAAAGUGGUCGUGGCAGACUACCCAUAGUUGCCCAAAACUCGGAGGAAGAGAGCCCAUUGAGCCCUGUUGGGCAACCUAUGGGCAUGGCACGUGCAUCAGCGGGACCUCUGCCACCGAUCUCAGCUGAUUCAAGGGACCAGUUUGGUUCCUGCCUCUCCUUGCAGGACUCCCAGCCACAGCAACAUAUCAGGGAAGAGCCAACCAGGGGUAGGGGUUACGUACUGCUGGAUGACCUUCAGGGUACCAUGUCAGAUAGUGAAGCACUAAGUGAUUCCCAGAUGGCUUUGAACAGAGACGAUGCAACCAAUGCUUACCACCUUAGACGAGAGGAGACCGAUUGGUUUGACAAACCUAGGGACGGGCGAUCGGAGAAUGGACAAGAGAAGAGACAGGGAAAAGGCCUGUAUUACCCCUUCCCUCACCUCAGGGUCAAACUGCAGAGGGAUCCCAAAGACCGUAGUGUCUCAGGAAAUGGCCUGGGUAUCCGUGUGGUCGGAGGGAAAGAGGUCCCUGGCAGUAAUGGAGACAUCGGAGCCUAUGUUGCCAAAGUCCUACCUGGGGGAGCUGCAGAACAGACAGGAAAGAUUCUAGAAGGAAUGCAAGUGCUAGAGUGGAGUGGAGUUUUUUUGACGGGGAAAACCUAUGAAGAGGUACAAGGGCUGGUCGGGCAGCCAUGCAACGAGGCAGACGUGUGUGUCAGACUUGAUCUCAACAUGUUGGCUGAGUCUGACGGUUCCGACCACCUGGAUUUCCAGGAGCACAGCAAAGGUGACAGGCCCCCCAGGUCCCCAGGUGUUGACCCCAAGCAGCUGGCAGCGGAGCUGCAGAAGGUGUCCCAGCAGCAGGCUCCCUCCUCCACCUCUUCCUCCGGGCUUCCUCCGACCACCUCAGCGACCUCCAGCCCAGGUCAGCCAGGAUCGCCCUCCGUCGGGAAGAAACGCCACGGCAGCAAGACUGCAGAGGGUAUGAAGACCCUGACCCACCCCAUCUGUGGAGAGAUUCAGCUUCAAAUCAACUACGACAAGCAGCUUGGCAACUUGAUUGUUCAUGUCCUGCAGGCCCGAAACCUCGCCCAGCGGGACAACAAUGGCUACUCUGACCCAUUUGUUAAAGUGUAUCUCCUACCAGGGAGAGGUCAGGUCAUGGUUGUCCAGAACGCCAGCGCUGAAAACAAGAGGAGGUCCAAACCCGCGGGCAAAAGUCUCAACCCCGAGUGGAACCAGACUGUCAUCUAUAAAAACAUCCACCUGGAGCAACUGAGGAAGAAGACCCUGGAGGUGAGCGUGUGGGACUACGACAAGUGCUCCUCCAAUGAUUUCUUAGGAGAGGUCCUCAUUGACCUGUCCAACACGGCCCAGCUGGACAACGUCCCACGGUGGCUCCUCCUGAAGGAGCAGAGCGAGGGGGACCACCACCGGCGCUCCCACUCGGGCCAGAGCCGGCACGGUUCCAGUAAACCCCCCUCGCAGCACUCCUCCCCUAAAACCGCCGGAGCCGCACACGACAAUCAGGACUCGCCGAAAUCGUCCGUCAUCAAGAGCCGAAGCCACGGGAUCUUUCCGGAUCCGGCCAAGGACACGCAGGUGCCCACUAUCGAGAAAUCUCACAGUAGCCCCGGCACAUCGAAGCCUUCCCCGUCCGAGGGCCAGGGCCAAAGCCACGGACACAGCCAGCACGCUCGCUCGCACGGCGCUUCGCGCUCCAGCAAAAGUGCCGCGCGGCAACGGCAGCAGGACAGCGCCAUAGCAACGGGCGAUGCCCCGCAGCAGCAGCAGCAGCAGCUGCCGCAACGCCUUCAACCAACUCGGUCGAGCUACAGGUCCGGCGAUGCUCCGGUCACGGCCGCCUCGCUGGACAGCGGCCUGAGCGGCAGUGCCUACAGCCUGUUGGACGAGGAGGGAGAGAUGAACGAGGUGGACAGUGCCAUCUUCCAGGUGCCGCGACUUGGAAAGAUCCCAAACGGCACGGAUGAGAUGAAGUCGUCGUUGGUACCCGGUGAGAUUGAAGGUAAGUCCCAGGUAAUGGGGGAGAUAAAGAUUGCCCUGAAGAAGGAGAUUAAGACGGAGGGAGAGCAUCUAGUCCUUGAGAUUCUUCAAUGCCGCAACAUCACUUACAAGUUCAAGACCCCGGACCACCUGCCUGAUCUGUACGUGAAGCUCUACGUGGUGAACAUCGCCACGCAGAAGCGGAUCAUCAAGAAGAAGACCAGAGUGUGCCGUCACGACCGGGAGCCGUCUUUCAACGAGACCUUCCGCUUCUGUAUGAACCCGGCGGGUCACUCUCUGCAGCUGUUCCUGGUGUCCAACGGGGGCAAGUUCGUGAAGAAGACGCUCAUCGGGGAGGCCUACGUGUGGUUGGACAAAGUGGACCUGCGCAAGCGGGUGGUGAGCUGGCACAAGCUGCUCGCCAGCACCGCCCAGAUCCACUCGUAGGAGGAGUCUCAACAGACUAAAGCUUGAAGAGGGCAUGAAGAGGGCCUCCCUCACCCUGGUCACGCCAUAGGUCCAACACCUGGGACACGGGUUCCUGCUCUCGUUGGGUGUGGGGGUUUGGGGGGAGGGGGGGGUUGGGUUUGAAAGUAUCUCUUUCUUCGAUCUUUGUUUCAGGCCUUCGGGGUUUUUUUUGGAAAUAGGCUUUUUCUUUUUUCUUUUCGUGGGGGAAAUUGUGAUGAUGAUGAUGACGACGAUGACGAUGUUUUGAGGGAGUAGUAAAAUGCGUUUACAGGAAAUGGACACACGUUGACGGGACGCGGGUGAGGAAGAGAGCGGCUGCUGAGUUCGUAGGUCAAGCACGGAAUCAACCAGGUAUUAAACACUUUAAUACGAAACGCACACACACACACACACACACACAUGCACACAAUUAUUAAAGACAACUUUGCACACUCAUUUGCGCAGAAGAGACAUUUUAAUUCUACAGGGAAUGGACACACUUGUGGAUUCGAAUUUAUUUAUUUAUUUAGAUGUUUUAUCCAUGACAGAUUUUCUCCAUUGCUUUAUUAUGAGUGCAGAGUUUUAUUGAUUUACAAAGCAUUUUGGGAAUGAAAUAUGGACGACUGCGCUACGGAGAACUCUUUAUUUUUGUAUUUAUGAUAUUAACGUAGAGUUCUAUCAUUUGACUUCUCCUCAAUUAUUUAAGUAUCUAAAAAAAAAAUCUAUCCCGGGAAAGGAUACAUAGUCUAUUUUGUAACAAACUACUUUGCGUUCCAGCUCUUAGAGGAGGAAAGGAAAUCUCAGCAAACAUGAAUUUAUUGAAGAAAAAAAACACAGACAUAUCUCCUUGUUCACUUUGUGUGUAUAUCAAAUUAGACACUACAUAUUUUGCGCAUGAGUCUAUCUACAUGGUAUGCUGUGCCACGUUUUCUGCACAAACAAAUGAUCACAUCUAAGGUUCACUUUGUAUAUAGUAUAGUAUCAUAGCCGGAAAUAAACAGACAUAUAUAGAUAGAUAGAUAGAUAGAUAGAUAGAAAGAUAGAUAGAUAGAUAGAUAUAUAGAUAUUUACCACAGACAAUCAAGUCUCAAUGAUUGUGACACAGAGGUUUUAUUUACCCAUGAUGCCCUUUAGAAUGUGUAACAUUGUUAUUUUGUAUUUGUUGUAUCCAGACACGUUAUUGUCAUCAUAUCAGUCCUGCUUCCAUUCAUGGGAGCGGUACGCUUGUGUGGUAUUUUGCACUUUUUCUGCCUAGAAUGUAAACCCUUCUGCCAGACAUGAGCUAGCCAGACUCUUUUUUUUCUUCUUUUUUUUUAACUUUCCAAAGGGAGAAGGUAGAGAAUUGAAGUAAAGCAACGCCGUUAAAAGAGGAUAGAAAAAGGCACCAUUACCAUUCUGAGAUACAACAAUGCCAUUCCAGCAGCACGCUGGUGUUUUGUCUACAGCUUUAUCGUCAUAAAUGGGUUGCUGUCUUGAUGUUGCCACUCACAAGUCUGCACCGUCCGUUGUGUCUUGAAAACAAAAUCGUUGUGUGCGCUCGAAUGGGGGGGGGUCGAGGUGCAGGCGGGACAGCUGGCUUCAUUCAUUAUUUUCGGUCCAACUUAGUGACAAUUGAUAUCUGAGUGAUUUCUAUGCAACAUCAACUCUCUUAAAGGUCGUCGCUGCAUCUCGACCUGCCAGAAACGUAAGAGUGAGCGAAAGCAUUUAUACAGAUUUUUCUUUUGCAAAGCAGUGUUGUCUCUCCAUAAUUAUUGCUUUAAUAUGAUUUCUUUUGUAAUCUUAUUUUGUAUUGUUGAUAUGAAUCUUAAUUUAUUCUCUGUGAGACUAUUUUAUAUGUUGUAUUAUUUGUUUUACGGGACAUAUCAGGUGUACAUAUAAAAAAAAAAAAAAAUGUGAAAUUUUGUUUUAUACACAAUGUAAUACUUGUUUACAAGGUUUAGAAGGCCUGAAACUCCUUGGCACCAACACACACUCGCAUAUGGCGAAUUACAUGCACAAACCCCAAAUUCCACAUAGUUAGGAAUUAAGCUAAGAAAAAUUGACCAUCCUUAUUCCAAAUAUUCCAAUUAGUGUGCACUCCCCAUUUGAAUGCUUUCCAUUUUGUAAGUGAUAUUACAAAAAAAAGACAAAUUGUAAUCAGUGAACGUUAUACCUGCUAUGAUAGUAGUGUUCAGUGUGUGUUUUGUUUUUUCAUAUUCAUGUUCCUGUGUGUUGCAUAUUCAUACCAAGUCCAUGCAUGUCAUUCGCUGUAAUGCAUAUCUCUUCUUUUAAGUGUUGUCCGUCUAAAACUAUGGACUUUAAAAAUAUCUCGUGACAAAGAAUUACACACUCUAUCUCUCUCUCACACACACACACACACACACUCACACACAUACACACAGAUGCUAUCUCUCUAUUUCCAACCUUGUAAAUACAUAGCUUUUUAUACUUGGGUUUGGGGAGCAAUAGGUCUUUUAGCAGACAAAAGGGGGUGUGUGAUGAUAGAAGUAACAGGAAGUUGUUUUUCUUUCGAUCAAUAUACAGUGGAUAGGCUGUGAAAACGACCAUAUGUCUGUCCAUAGAGACCCAGAUUUACCCGAUCACUUUACGACCAAACAAUGAAGGUUUACCAGAGUCGAACUACACAGAACUAUAUCUCAACAACACGAGCAGUUGCAGGAUAAUUUAAAUGUGCUCACACUGGAUGUUGCAUGUUUCGUUGGUGGUUCAUACUAUUUUUGUGUCCAGAUAUUAUUAAAGAAAAAAAAAAAGAAUGAGCUUUAGAAAGAUAUAGAACAAAAAUGCUGUAGAGAGGGAAAUUAUGAAGAAAACCUAUUCAGAUUAUUGAAGAUGUAUGCUGACUGUUCAAAGAUUCUGCUUGUAAAAACCCGUCUGGGUUUUCACUUGUAAGUAAACAGAAGAAGAAAAAAAAAUCUACUGUCAUGGUUUUGUGAUUGUAUACAGGAGGUAUUGAUAAAUUAUGCAAAUCGUGCUGUAAAAAUGGCUGUUGCCCCAUGUCUAAAUAUUAAAUAUCAGUACAAAUGA